AUGGGAAGCUCUAGAUUGCCUCUACAUGACGCAGUCAUUGCCGAAUCGGAUUCAUACGCAGAGGUGUAUUCAUUCAAGAUGCAGGAUGCAAAGAUCAUUGACCAGAACGUAGACGACUUCCUCAAGCUCAUCGUAGAGAACCUUAAAAUUGACAUUCCAGAAGAGACUAUCGGGGAAGGUCACUUUGCUAGAGGUAGAAAUUUUUCUAGGAAUACUAACGUUUCAGAGGGGCAUCUAAAGAAACAAUGCUACAAGUGGCAAGAGAGGAACAAAGGAAAAGGUUACUCUCAGGAUUCAGGGGAAUCAUGUGUGCCUAAGGAUGGCGUGAAAGAUUUGUUGGGUCUUCUAGUGGCAGAAGUGAACAUGUCAAGGGAAGAAGAGGACCUAGAAGAAUGGAUUAUGGAUAUUGGCUGUUCUUUCCACAUGACACCAAGAAGAGAUAUAUUCUUGGAGUUUAAGGAGCUGUCAAAUGGAAAAGUUAGAAUGGCGAAUGAUUCUUUGUCAGAAGUGAAGGGAAUAGGUUCAGUCAGAUUCAAGAAUCAUGAUGGUACAACGUUCGUUCUAAAUGAAGUCAGAUACAUGCAAGGAAUCUCCAAGAAUUUGAUGUCCAUGGGUACUUUGGAAAGUAAAGGAUGCGAGUUGAAAAGGUUCUGGAGGAACCCUGAAGGUUCCAGUAGCUAUCAGACAAAUGCAGCGGUAAAGGAGGAUAAGAAUCAGUUAUGGAACAGCAGGUUAGGUCACAUCGGUCAGAAUGGUUUGGAUUUACUAGGAAAGAAGGGUUGUUUUGGCGACAGCAAAGUUUUAGAUAUUCAGUUCUGUGAAGAUUGUGUAAAGGGAAAGACGCAUAAGGUUAGCUUCGGUCCAGUUCAAUACAAUACAAGAAACAAGAUAGACUACAUUCAUUCUGACUUCUGGGGUGCACCAAACGUACCUCAUAGCUUGAGUAAAUGUCAGUAUUUCAUCUCGCUUACUGAUGAUUACUCGAGGAAGUUUAAUGACUUCUGGAAAGAUGAAGGUGUAGUGAGACACAAGACGUGUGCGUAUACAUCCCAACAAAACGGAGUUGCACAAAGGCUUAACAGAACCAUAAAGAACAAGGUUUGGAGUAUGUUGAGCAAGAGCGUACUAAGCCAAAAGUUUUGGGCAGAAGCAAUAUCUACUGUAGUUUUUCUCAUCAACCGUUCUCCUUCUUCAAUUGUUGAUUUUGCGAUUCCAAAGGAACUUUGGACUUCAGUUAUGCCAAGUCUAAUGGAUCUCAAACGGUUUGGAUGUGUUGCUUAUGUACAUUCAAGUGAUGGUAAGCUAAACCCGAGAGCUAAAAAGGGUAUCUUCACUGGAUACCCUGAAGGCGUUAAGAGCUUUAAGUUGUAA